GGUGGCUGCGUGUUUCCGGAAGACGUGGCGGCUCUUGCCUGGGCUGCUUCCCGGGUUCGUUUUUCCCGACUCAGCUACACACCCUGCGCUCCCCGUGCUACCGCUGCAUCUGCUCCCGCCGCUGGCCUCACCACUGCAGCCAUGAUCUCCUUAACCGAUACCCAGAAAAUUGGAAUGGGAUUAACAGGAUUUGGAGUGUUUUUCCUGUUCUUUGGAAUGAUUCUCUUUUUUGACAAAGCACUACUGGCUAUUGGAAAUGUUUUAUUUGUAGCUGGCUUGGCUUUUGUAAUUGGUUUAGAAAGAACCUUCAGAUUCUUCUUCCAAAAACAUAAAAUGAAAGCUACAGGAUUUUUCCUGGGUGGUGUAUUUGUAGUCCUUGUUGGUUGGCCUUUGAUAGGCAUGAUCUUCGAAAUUUACGGGUUCUUUCUCUUGUUCAGGGGCUUCUUCCCUGUGGUUGUUGGCUUUAUUAGAAGAGUGCCAGUCCUUGGAUCCCUCUUGAAUUUACCUGGAAUUAGAUCAUUUGUAGAUAAAGUUGGAGAAAGCAACAAUAUGGUAUAACAACAACUGAAUUGAAGACUCAUUUAAAAUAUUGUAUUAUUUAUAAAAUCCUUUGAAGACUAUCCAGCACAAAAUUAAAUUACAUGAAAUAGCUUGUAAUGUUCUUUAAAGAAGUUUAAAACGUAUAGCCUACAAAGUACCAACAGCAAUUAGCAAAGAAGCAGUGAAAACAAGUUUGUAAUCAAGUGACCUAAGCUAAGAAGUCAGCAAGCAAACUGAAGGAGGUGAAAUCUGUGUUACAAUCCAUAUUGAAACUCUUGACGGCUGUUUUUAUUACUUUUCCACAAUGCGCGAAACGCAGCCAUCCCUAGAGAACUGUGGUGCCUGUGCCUUUCAUUGCGAAGGUGCGGGAGCACCCAUAGGCAUUGCUUUUUAGAAGUGUCCACUGCGACGGCAAAGGUCUUCCCAGUUGCACUGUGUCUCUGAAAGCGGUGAUGCAUGACUUAGAUUGGAUUAUGUCAUUUUAUUGUAUUAAAACCAAGGAAAAACCAGUUUUGAUGUAUGAAUCACUUUUUUUUUUUUUAAACGUGGUUAAAAUAAAACUUUUAUGGUUCUUCUGAAUCUUUAUGUUUUAAAGCCAGAUGAAAAUCUGAGCUAGAUAUUCUUUGUUAGAAUGCUCAAAAGUCAUCCUUUACUUUCCUGUAUUACAACUGACCAGCACUUUUUUGGUCAGCAACACACUCUGGAAAUACUCAUACUUCUUGGGAGUCUGACCUCCUAAGCAUCUGCCUGUAUUGUUCACUUAACAGACAGCACUCUUGACCAUGAAGUAAUCUAUUACAGGUUUGUCUCAGUGAAUAGUUUUUUUAUUUAAGGUACUGAAUAAUGCAAAGAAAAUGUAUUUUUCCCUGUUGUGAUGUAGUUUUUUUUUUUUUAGCUGUAGUUUACUAUUUUGUUUUUCAUAAAAUAAUUACUGGCGGUCUUUACUUUAAAACAUGUAAGAUGUUAAAAGAUUAAACUUAUGGCAAUUUUUUAAGGGCUACUCAUCCAAGCUGCAUUUUCCCCUUAUUUUCAGCUUUUUCAUAACAUAAAAAUCAAUAUCCAUGAUGUAUGCUUUAUGUGAGCACUCUUCAUCUUGAGUAAUGGGGAAAAUUUCUGAAUUCACAUGCUGCAGUUAUUUUACUGUAAUUAAACUGGCUGUAGCUUCUUAAAAAACAUAACACUAAAAAAAAUGUUUUCUACCGUUGCUGCUGGACAGGCACUAGGAAAGCGCAGUCGUUUCUUUAGUAGCUUCCCAUGGUAGCAGCUUUCGUGGUAGAUCUAGGGACACCUUUCAACAGCCACAGUACUAGUUGUUUUAUCACUAAUGAUUGCACUGUUUUUUUUUUUUAACAGCCAUAACGCCUUUUAAUGCAUAAGAUCAUAAUCAGAGUUUGUGAUUUUUAUUUAAAAACGUGUACAAAAUAUAUUACGGCUUACGUUAUUCUUAAAUUUAAUCUCUUAAUGCCCAGAGAACUCCCAACCUCGCUCAUCUAAAGAAGGAAAGACUUGGCAUAUAGCCUGAUGGUUCAGUCUUGUGGAUUACUGUCUUUUUGGUUCUGGCAUUUGAUUUAUGAUAUAGUCUGUGAAAAUGCAAUGAUAUUGGACAGAUGGAGACUCCUACCUCAAUAGUUCAUGGAAUAAUAAGAGACCUGGUGUUGUAUCUAAUGUUCUUUAAAAAAAAAAAGUAGCAUCAGCUUCACUUGGAGAGUGUCAAAUA